AAUGAAUGUCGAGUCCCACCUAUAAAAUCCAUAUAAUUUCGUUCGAUAUCAUAUCAUAUCCUCUCACAUUUUCUUACAACACAAGCUAGCCACCAUUUCAUCACACACACACACACACACCCUCUCUCUCUUAUGCUCCCUCACACAUACUAAAACUCACUUAUGGCAACAGCUUCUGCUCACAAGUCUCUCACAAAAUGCACAAACACCUUCCUCUUAUUUCCUCUCUCCAAGAAGCAACACUCUAUUUACACUCUUCAUUUUCACCAAAGACCAUUGUGCCAUGGAUGCUAUCUUUCAAUGAAUGGCUGCAGAAAAGGACAGUCAAGAGGGCCUGUUGGGACAAUAGAGACACAAACGUUGGAACCGGUUGCAACAACUUCAAUGGCUUUGUACAGCCUGAAAAUGACGAUUUCUAAGAUGAAAUCAGAGCCUCCAUAUCGGAGCUCUUCGGGCAUAGUGAGGCUGCAGGUCCCCAUUGAGGAGGAAGAGGUUGAGGCCAUUGAUUGGCUCCACUCACAGAACCACCUGCUCCUUCCUCGCUGCUUCUUCUCCGGCAGGGAACACAAUUCUUUUGACUCUAAUGGCAGAAGCUUGGUUAGCGUUGCCGGUGUUGGCUCUGCCGUUUCUUUUUGCCAGCCACACCCCUUUUCCUAUUGGGAUUGGAUAUCCAUUAGGAGGUUUCUUUCUGAGAGCUGCCCAUUGAUUCGUGCAUACGGAGCCAUCCGAUUCAACGCAAAAGCUAAGGUGUCAUCAGAGUGGCUGCCUUUCGGUUCUUUCUACUUCGUGAUUCCUCAGGUUGAGUUUAAUGAGCUUGAAGGAGGAUCGAUGCUCACUACGACCAUUGCGUGGGACAAUACAAUUUCUUGGUCCUGGGAAGAUGCAAUCAAUGCUCUCCAAGAAACCCUUAGCAAGGUUUCUGCUUCGAUUGUGAGGUUUCCGAAACAAGCUCCUCCAACAUUAAUACUAAGUAGCCAUGAUAUUCCAAGUAAAAUAUAUUGGGAUAUUGCUGUUAACAGAGCUUUGGAGAUGAUAAAGAAAAACAACUCCUUACUAACCAAGGUUGUGCUGGCUCGUAGUACAAGAGUAGUGCCUACUACUAACAUUGAUCCGCUUACGUGGUUAGCUUGCUUAACGGUUGAGAGCGAAAAUGCAUACCAGUUUCUCCUUCAGCCGCCAAAUGCACCUGCAUUUAUCGGAAAUACACCAGAGCAACUAUUUCACAGAAAAUGGCUCCACAUUACUAGUGAGGCUUUGGCUGGAACUCGAGCUAGAGGAGUGUCGAUGGCACUGGAUCGUCAAAUAGAACUUGACUUGCUUACAAGUCCAAAGGAUGAUAUUGAGUUCACCAUAGUAAGAGAUACCAUAAGAAGAAAAUUAGAGGGAGUGUGUGAAAAGGUUGUAAUUAAGCCAAAGAAAAUGAUAAGAAAGCUCCCCAGGAUCCAACAUUUAUUUGCUCAAUUAGCCGGCAGGUUAAGAAGCGAAGAAGACGAGUUUAAAAUUUUGUCAUCUCUUCACCCAAGUCCAGCAGUUUGUGGGUUUCCAACAGAAGAGGCACAACUUUUAAUUGCAAAAACAGGGCCUGAAAAUCCAUGCAAGCUAGCUUGUUGACAAUGGUGAUUGGUGGUCAUUCAUUUCACUCUAAUAUGACUGCAUAUUUUAUGCAAGUAGAAAAUGUUGUGAUUUGGCACAGUGAUUAUUAGAGAAAUCAGAGGAGUUGAUUAUUAUGAAUCAGUGUAAAUUUUGUUACUGCAAAUAUGUCAAUUUCUGUUGGAUGAAUUUUCUUGACUUACAAUCCUAGAACCCUCUUUAUUAAAAAAAAUCUUUUUGUUGUUGAGGAAUUUUGUUUCAAUACUUGAAAAUGGAAUUUCUUGAUUUUCUGGGAAAUAAAUCAUGCCUUGGUAGACAAGCUUAUACCUGCCUUCCAAUUGAGUGUUAGUUUUUCUAAGGUUCAUUUCGGUCCUUGAUUUUAUAAGGCAAUACAUUUUAGUCUAUGAAAUUUCAAAAAGAGCAUUUUGGUAUAAAGAUGGGACGGAAAUGAUCAGCAAAGUCAAGGACCAAAUGAACCUUCACUCAUUUAUGAAACAUGUGAUAUGAUUAGAUUGGUAUUAAUCAUUUUAGAGCAUGCUGGUUAAUAAGGUGAUAAAGAAGAAAAUGUGGUUGAUGUUUCAAGUUUGGUUUGACCAAGUUAUGAUUUCUAUUCUCUUGAAUAAACUUAUGUUAAUUUUUUCAUUUUUUACAUUGA